CCUAGACAGACCUGACCCCCAGCCACAGAGAACACCGUCUGCAGAGGGAGAAGACCAAACUACUGAGCUCUACCUCAGAGAUAUUCAGGAGAGACCAGAACUAAAGACUCAGGACUAGACCCAGACCCAGCACCCAACACCUAGGACCCAGGGCUCUUUAACUAGGCCCAGGACUCUGACCCAAACCCAACACCCAGACCCAGGACUAGACCCAGACAUCCAACCCCAGAACCAGGGAGAGACCAGGGUACUCUGACCCAUAAAGGAUCUAGGAGCGGGUUCUGUUACACAGGAACUCUCCAUACCCAGCCAUGCCUGCCCCUGGAGGAACAGAUCCUAAGGGGGAGGAUUUCUCCACUGCUAUCCUGAAGCAGAAACACAGACCCAAUAGACUGGUGGUGGAUGAAGCCCACAAUGAAGACAACAGCAUCGUCAGCCUCUCACAGGCGAAGACAGAGGAGCUGCAGUUGUUCCGUGGCGACACGGUGGUCCUGCGGGGGAGGAAGCGACGUGAGACGGUGUGUAUCGUGUUGACAGACGACACCUGUCCAGACGAACAUGUCCGCAUGAACCGCGUCACACGGAACAACCUGAGGGUACGCCUCGGUGAUGUCAUCAGUGUCCAUGCAUGCCCAGAUGUGAAGUACGGCGUGCGUAUCCAUGUCCUGCCGAUAGAUGACACCAUCGAAGGGUUAACGGGAAACCUGUUUGACGUCUUCCUGAAACCCUAUUUCUUGGAAGCCUAUCGGCCUGUACACAAAGGCGACAUCUUCCUGGUGCGAGGGGGCAUGCGGGCUGUGGAGUUCAAGGUGGUGGAGACAGACCCCACCCCCCACUGCAUCGUCGCCCCGGAUACCGUCAUCCACUGCGAGGGACAGCCAAUCAACAGAGAGGACGAGGAGGAGAGUCUGACUGACGUAGGCUAUGAUGACAUUGGAGGUUGUCGUAAACAGUUAGCUCAAAUCAAAGAAAUGGUGGAGCUUCCCCUCAGACAUCCUGGACUAUUCAAGGCUAUAGGAGUCAAGCCUCCCAGGGGUAUUCUGCUGUAUGGACCUCCAGGUACAGGGAAGACACUGGUCGCCCGGGCCGUUGCCAACGAGACUGGCGCAUUCUUCUUCCUCAUCAAUGGUCCUGAGAUCAUGAGUAAGAUGGCCGGGGAGUCAGAGAGCAACCUGAGGAAAGCCUUCGAGGAGGCAGAGAAAAACUCUCCCGCCAUUAUUUUCAUAGAUGAACUGGAUUCUAUCGCUCCUAAGAGAGAGAAGACCCAUGGGGAGGUGGAGAGGCGUAUCGUAUCACAGCUCCUCACCCUGAUGGAUGGACUGAAGCAGAGAACUCACGUUAUCGUCAUGGCAGCCACCAACAGACCCAACAGCAUCGACCCUGCCCUGAGACGCUUCGGCAGGUUUGACAGAGAGAUCGACAUCGGCAUCCCAGACUCCACUGGUAGACUGGAGAUACUGCAGAUUCACACCAAGAACAUGAAGCUAUCUGACGACGUGGACCUGGAGAGGGUUUCCAUGGAUGCGCAUGGCCAUGUGGGGUCAGAUCUGGCAGCUCUGUGUUCUGAGGCGGCUCUGCAGGCCAUCAGGAAGAAGAUGACCCUGAUUGACCUGGAGGACGACACCAUUGAUGCUGAACUGCUCAACUCACUGGCAGUUACCAACGAUGACUUCAGGUGGGCAUUGGGGCAGAGUAACCCGUCAGCUCUGAGGGAGACAGUAGUGGAGGUUCCUAAUGUUAACUGGGAGGAUAUAGGAGGACUGGGAGAGGUCAAGAGAGAACUGCAGGAACUAGUACAGUACCCGGUGGAGUACCCAGAUAAGUUCCUGAAGUUCGGUAUGACCCCGUCACGAGGAGUGUUAUUCUAUGGACCCCCAGGCUGUGGAAAGACCCUGCUAGCCAAGGCGAUUGCUAACGAGUGCCAGGCCAACUUCAUCUCCAUCAAGGGACCUGAGCUGCUCACCAUGUGGUUCGGCGAAUCAGAGGCUAAUGUCAGGGACGUCUUCGACAAGGCCAGACAGGCGGCCCCCUGUAUCCUGUUCUUUGACGAGCUGGACUCCAUUGCCAAGUCCAGAGGGGGCGGAGCCGGGGACGCAGGGGGCGCGGCCGACAGGGUCAUCAACCAGAUCCUCACGGAGAUGGACGGAAUGUCCAACAAGAAGAACGUCUUUAUUAUAGGAGCUACCAACAGGUAG